AUGCGGAAGCAACAUUGUACAUAUGAACUGAGGUCUCGCAGAGUAAGCCAGCCUGUUGGCUGUACCACCGGUGUCACAGAGACUGGAAGUCGUCCAGUUGGAACGAACAGCGAGGCUCCUCACGAGAAUCAUGGAGAACAACAUGCCGUACCAGAGCCCAGAACCUCAUUGGGUUCACCAUUGUCGGGAAUAGAUAACACACUAUAUCAGCCGACGGAAUCCGACCUCUUCGAGGAGACCGCAAACCAGCAGAGGAGUUAUGUGACUGACAUGAUGAAUUCUGGAAGUCGCUUGGUCGGAAUGAAUAAUGGAACAUCACCGGAUUACUUGGACAUGAUUCUGCCAGAUUCACCGUUGUCGGGAAUAGAUAACACACUAUAUCAGCCGACGGAAUCCGACCUCUUCGAGGAGACCGCAAACCAGCAGAGGAGUUAUGUGACUGACAUGAUGAAUUCUGGAAGUCGCUUGGCCGGAAUGAAUAAUGGAACAUCACCGGAUUACUUGGACAUGAUUCUGCCAAACUUGCCGGAAAUGCUGAUAGAGGAUGAUGCGCUUCUCCAGGUCCACCAUGGAUUUCAGAGCGCAGUUACCAGUAAUUCUGAGACAGCGCUGUGUUCAGGAGCAGAUAACAUCCUCUAUCAACUGGCGGCGCCCGACUUCUUCCCUUGUUCAUUUAAUUCACCCGACUCUGUAGCCGAUGUCCCCCUACCAGAAUCGUUCAUCGCGAGAAACGAGAACAGAGAUAUAUUUCAAGAAUCACGUCAGUCUCUGGCCAUUCAUCAGACAGACGAAGGGCAGCAGACACCUGCGAUAAAUGCGUCUCUUGCCUGUGGUGACAAAACCGCAAGCUCAAGCAAACCCUCAAGCAGUGAGCCACGAAAGAAAUGGCGCUCUAACCAGAAGGCUCUCGUGAAGGAACUUGUUAAUUAUGCUAUCACAGCAGCCGAUAUACAGCCAGGUGAACGCCGCCGCAAUUGGGAAUCCGUGUCGACCGAAAUACACGCGGUGUUCAGACUUCCCAAGUCACAGAAUUCCGAGGAUUGUAUAUUGUUUCAAAUGGUCCACUUGUACAAAGAGAACCUUCUUCCACUGUGGCCCAUGAUAUGCGAAAAAGACCUAGAGGAUCCUUCAAACCUGCACCCAGUCCUUUUCUUGGUCGCAGUAUCAGCCGGAGCCAUGUAUCUUGAUCAAAAUGCAAGUGUAUUUGGCAAAAUGAUGCAUAUGUGCUUACGAACCUCUUUAAUCACAUCGUUUAUCGAGAAAGAAAUCACGGAAUUGGACACCAUUUGGCUCGCACAAGCCAGAACCACAAUUCAGGUUGUUGCUUUAUACUUUGGCCAAGGGCUCGAACUCACUUAUGCCCAACACCUAGGUGCAGUGCUAGUCACACAGUCCCGGCGCAUGAAUUUGUUCAAACGAAGUGUAGCGGAAGAGUUUUCCGGUGCAAGUACUCCUGAAGAGCAAAUCGAGGCAUGGAUAUUAGCAGAAACGAGGAGACGAGUGGCAUUCGGUAUAGUUCGAGCAGAUGUGUUUCUAAGUCUACUGCUGAACUGCCCUCCAAGUAUUUCAGCGGACGAAUUGGAGAUAGGUCUUCCAUACCCUGAUCAUCUAUGGUUGUCAAUAGGAAAACUAUCUCCCCAGGAACUACUCGCAGCCCUCGAACGCGAGCGAAUGAAGAGAAAUGAAACUCUAUUCUGCGAUCUUAUACGCAUCAUAUUGGAUCAUGAUGAAGCUCUAUUGAAUAUGGAGCCAAGAGAUUACGAAUUAGUUCUCUUUGGUCUGCAACAACAAGUGUGGAAAUUCAGCCAUGAUCCCGAUAUGUUCCAGCGGCUGAUUGGACAUCCGUGGCAAGAAGAAGGGUUUGUAGAACCACUGGACAUGGACAUAAACCUUGUGUUUAGUGACUCUGCUGUGCAGCCUCGGGAUCAUCUUCAAGUCAGCCACCGAGAGAUGAGGGAUCUAGUACUUGACAGAAGGCGACUCUCCAAGGCUCUCGAGAAAUGGACUCAAAGUUUCAAUGCAAGCAGAUCCCGUCCUGGAUUCAAUAAGGACCGUGCAAGUAUACUGAGUAGUCUCCUACUAUUUCAUAUCUACCAUCUUCAAUUGAAUGCUUGCUUGGAUGUUCUUCAUCAUAUUGCAGACAGACGCUGCAAUAAAAUGAGCAUUGAUCAUAAGAGGCUUCAAACAGCUAUUCGUUGGGCUCACAAUACGCAAGCCAGGAACGCGGUUAAUCACGCCUCCAAGAUAUUGUCAUUGCUAGAAAACGAAGCUCGCCUCAAUCCAUAUAAGACGGCGCGUUACACAGUUCUGUCUUUCAUAGGGUUGUAUCAUUCAUCUGUCGUUCUUUGGACAUGUUUCGGAGCUAGCAAGCCUAGUGGGCAGCUAUCGUUCGUACCAUACAACGAUAUACCGAAUGAUUAUCAUUACAGCAGGUCUCAUGAAAUUUUGAUGAGCAUUGUGUUCCUUUACCAGAGAUUGAAACGCAUGAGUUGGGAUACUUUUUCGGGCUCUGUAAGAAGACUGUCCUGUCACCACUUUCCACGAGAUCAUUCAUGA